AAAUCUAAAAAAGAAAAAGAUUCAUAACAAAAACGCCGACAACACCACAACGCAAAACCUCUCCCUCACUGGCCCAUCCCUUUUUCCCACGGCUGAGUCACGCGCACCAAAUAAUCAAAUUCCCUCAACCCCAACGAAAAACCAUCUCCUCUCUUCGCUCGUCGCCUCCGCCGUCUCCAUAUUCUCUUUAUUUCUUCUCCACUUUGAGCAAAAAAAAAAAAAACCAAAGCCUUUUCUUAUUCACUUAUUUCUUCCAUCUCUCUCGAUGCCCUAGCCAUCUUCCCUCGCCGGAACUACCCAGGGCGCGUCGCCGCCGCCGGCGAUAUCUGUGGCAGUAAACUUCCAAAUCUCUGUCUUGGGUUUGGUUUUGUUUGGAUUGGAUUCUGGAAUUAUCUUUGAAUUCGGAUUUGAUUACGGAAAAAGGAAUAACAACGACGAAGAACACGACGGCGUCGAAGGAUCUGUUAGGGUUUUAAUCUUGAUGGCUGGGAGUCGUAAAAAGGGAGGGAACAAAGCAAAGGUUAAGAGUUUAAGUUUAGGCGAUCUUGUUCUUGCCAAAGUCAAGGGUUUCCCGGCUUGGCCUGCCAAGAUUAGCCGGCCUGAAGAUUGGGAGCGAGAACCUGACCCUAAGAAAUAUUUUGUCCACUUCUUUGGAACACAAGAAAUAGCUUUUGUUGCCCCUGGUGAUAUUCAGGCGUUUACUAGUGAGACAAAGACUAAAUUGUCUGCUAAGUGUCAAAUUAAAACUAAGCACUUUGUCCAAGCUGUGAAGGAAAUCUGUGUCGCAUUUGAUGAAUUACAUAAAGAGAAGUCCAGUGGUUUAAGAGAUGAAACUGACAGAUCAACACCUGGCUGUGAGGCUUCAUCUGUUGAUGGGGUUGAGGGUGAUGGUGCAGAGGCUGACUUAAAGAAUGGAACAGGUGAAGUGGUAUCUGGUGGAGAAGCCACUAGUGAGGGAAAAAGUGAUCUUGUGUCUAAUUUGGGUUGCUGUUCACACAGAGGUGAGAAUAAUAGUGAAGAUAUAAAGCCAUCAAUUUCGGGUCAUGCAGAUGAUAGCUCAUCUCCGAUUAUGUCUUCUGAGGGGAAACCUAAACUGUCAAAUGUUGAACAACCUAAAAAGGAGGUGUUGUCUCUAUCAUCUUUAGAUAAGCCGUCUCAUAUAGAGGAAUUCUCUGAUGAUAAAAUUGCUACUGUCAAUUGUACCAAGAAAACAUUGAGGGAAGAUCAAAAGUCAAAGAAUAUGGCUCCCUGGCCAAAGAAAAGAAGCGAGGAAGGACAAAAAAGCAGCCGCUUAGCUGCAACAUUAUUGAAGGAUGAGAAAUCUGGUGGUUGUCUUUAUCGGCAUGAGUCUGAGGAGCAACCGAAAGAGAGAGUGAAAGAUAGAGUAAAAAGCAAAAUAUGUGGCAGCGGUGUCGGGAAAUUCUCACCAGAUGCUCUCAAAUCAGAUUCUAAUUACACUGGUGGUAAAAAGGCAAAGGAAUUGCUGAAAACCAAAGGCAACUUCAAGGCCACUGAUGGUGUACGGGACACUGUGGCCAAUUCCAAAGGUGAGACCACUGGCAAGAAAAAAAGGGGUGAACCUGGACUUGGAAAGCCUAAAUUGGGAACAGAUGAAAGUUUACCUCCUGCCAAAAAGUCAAAGUUUGUAGAUAUGAAAAAUGAUGCUUCCAAGGGAUCUGUUGCCAAAAACAUUAAAAGUGAUUCUCCAAGUUCUAACAAUGUCAACAACAAAACAGCUAAACAAUCAGAGUUGAAAAAAGCCACUUCUCAUGUUUUAGCAUUGAGAGCCCCAACGGCCACUAGUUCUGAUGUUUCUGGUGGUGAAGCUGUGCUGCUCCUAUUGAAACGCCGUCAGCAGGCUUUGGAGGGUAUCUCUGAUUCUGCUUCUCUUAAUUCCGAGGAUAAGAUUGGAAAAAAUCCUGUUGAAUUGAAGAAUGACACUUCAAGUUCCAAUGUGAAAAAUCCAGCUACCCAAUUAUCCAAAAGGCGGAGAGCUGUUUGUCUUUUUGAAGAUGAUGAAGAAGAAGAUCCAAAAACUCCAGUUCAUGGAGGACCUGCCAAGAAUGUUAAGGUCACUUCUGUUGUUUCUGAUUCUUCAAAGAGCAUCGACGCAAGUCACGCUACUGCUAUCAAUGCUCAACGUAGUGUUGGAGAUUCCACCAGAUAUGAGACUAAUGGUCCCAAGGAUGCUUAUUCACAAUUAGCAAAUGAUUUUAUGUCACCUCUUCAACCACAAAUUGUCAAAGCGAGGCCUUCUAUUCAUGCCUUCAUCACUCCUGAAAGAUCAAAAUCAGAGCAGUUGUCUUCCAAGGAGGCUAAAUCAGUCUUGGUUUCCCCAAGGAAGUCUCCUCAUCUGGUUUCUGCCACCAAACAAAUAGUUGAACAAUACAGAACUACUAAGGCUACUGUUAAUGUUUCGAGUAAUGGAAUUCAGAAAAAGGCUCCAUCUGGCUCUGAUAAGGGGUCCGGUGUGGUUUCUGAUGGUUUGAAGUCUUCUCAAAAUCAGGUUUUGAGUCAAAGAAAUAGGCCAGCUUCUUCUGUAGAGAGACUGAAAUCUACUCCAAAAUCAAUUUCACGUGUCAAUGACACUGCUUUUGUUACCAAAACUUCAAUGGAAUUUGAUGUCUUUCGAGAAGAUAGAAGCAGUUCAUUGAUUGAUUCCAAGACUCUGGAUUCUGCUUUGUCGAUGAAGCAUCUUAUUGCAGCUGCUCAGGCGAAAAGGAGACAAGCUCACUCUCAACAAUAUUCUCUUGGAAAUCCCAGUUCUAUUUUUGUGUCGAUGUCUGAUGUUCAGGGGGCGAGCCCCAGUCCUGCUGUUCAGCCAUUUUCAUCUGCAAUGAGCAAUGUGAUGCAGGCUGAUGCACAAGAAAUUGCUCAUCGGACAAAUCUAGUUUCUCCAUCAACUCUUGGUCACCAGUCAGGAUCCCUAAAUCAACAUGAUGCUGAAGAGAUCGAAGAGAGAAGAGCUAGUUCGGGACACAUGGCUGCUGAAGGCUCUCUCAGUGGUGGUACUGAGGCAGCUGUUGCACGAGAUGCUUUUGAAGGAAUGAUAGAGACUUUAUCGAGGACUAAAGAAAGUAUUGGACGUGCGACUCGCCUUGCUAUUGAUUGUGCCAAGUAUGGCAUUGCAAAUGAAGUUGUUGAACUUCUUAUUCGGAAGUUGGAAAGUGAGCCCAGUUUUCAUCGUAAAGUUGACCUGUUCUUUCUUGUUGAUUCAAUCACCCAAUGUUCACAUAGUCAGAAAGGCAUUGCUGGUGCUUCAUAUAUCCCUAUAGUUCAAACAGCAUUGCCCCGUCUCCUUGGUGCAGCUGCUCCACCUGGAGUAAAUGCUCGUGAAAAUCGUCGUCAAUGUCUCAAGGUUUUACGGUUGUGGCUUGAGAGGAAAAUUUUACCUGAAUCUAUUCUGCGUCGUUAUAUGGAUGACAUUGGAGUUUCAAAUGAUGAUACAAUUUCAGGAUCUUCACUAAGGCGUCCGUCUCGGGCUGAGCGUGCUCUAGAUGAUCCUAUAAGAGAAAUGGAAGGGAUGCUUGUUGAUGAGUAUGGCAGUAAUGCUACAUUUCAGCUGCCUGGCUUUUUAUCUUGUAAUGCAUUUGAAGAUGAAGACGAAGAAGAUCUUUCAAGCAGUCCGUGCAGAGAAUCUCCUGAUGCAUCACCGCUAGAACCAGCUCAUGCUUUAGGAGAGUUGGAAACAUGUACAGUUACUCCAACUGACAGGCGUCAUUGCAUCUUAGAAGAUGUGGACGGUGAGCUUGAAAUGGAAGAUGUUUCUGGACACCCGAAGGAUGACCGACCAUCAUUCACAAAUGGUCUCGUAAUGGACUUGCAGCAGCAGGGCACUGAUAGGGUUAUGGAACCGGCUUCAAAUAGUGCCAAUGAAUUCCCUCCUAUACCAGAGGGUUCCCCACCAUUGCCCCCAGAUUCUCCUCCACCCCCACCACCUUUGCCACCUUCACCACCCCCACCCCCACCCCCACCUCCAUCAUCUCCAUCACCACCUCCACCUCCUCCACCUCUGCCAACACAACCACCACCUCCUCCUGCUCCACCUUCAUGCCCUCCUCCAGCCUUCAUACCUCAACCACCAUUGCCAACUCAACCUCCACUGUUAUCUCAACCCAUGCUACCACCCCAGUCAUCAGUACAGUCUUCACCUCAGUUGGCAUAUCAACCACUUGUACCACAUGAAUUCCGAGGGACACCGAAUGGUAAUCAGAUAGUUCAAAUGGCUGGAAACACACCUCAUGGGGGCCAUAUUGAUGCUGCUGUGAAAAGUGAAUUGUUUCCACAGCAAUCAUCUUGCUUUGCAACAGGAGUCUGCAAUUCCAGAGAGCCUUCUGGAUAUAAUUCUUCGAGGCAAUUGGAAUAUGGACAUAAUGAAAUGUACUUAAAUGCCCAAUCCUCUCAACCAAAUCAACAGUUUCAACCUGGUAAUACAGCCUUUGUGCAAAGACCUUUACCCCCUAGUCUGCCGCAAACCUCAUCUAGCCAUUUCUCAUUCACAAAGCCUGCCAUGCCACCACAUCCUCAGCAUUCAUAUCCUCCUCAAUACUCACUGCUAUCGCAACAUGAUGGUCGGAGGCCAUUUAUUGCUGAUGAACAGUGGAGAAUGCCUGCAGGAGAAUAUAACACUGAUAAUCAAUGUGGUGGGUGGAUAGCGGGAAGAAAUCCAUCACCUGCUGGUCCAUUGUUUGUGCAGGAAGGUUACUUUAGACCACAUGUUGAAAGACCACCUUCAAAUAAUAUGGGUUUUCCGAUUACUCCCACCACUAAUUUACCAGCUGGUGCUCCAAAUUCAGGUCAUGGUGCUUCACAAAUGUUGCCAUGUCGGCCAGACAUGUCUGCCAUUAAUUGUUGGAGACCAGCUUGAGAAUGAGGAAAUAGUCUCAUUAGUUGGCUGCGAGAAAAUUUGCAUGGAAGGGUGGUUCAAUCUGUGGACAAAAUACAACUACGACAUGAAAGCAGUGUUGAUAACUUGUGGUGGUUCAAUCUGUGGACAAAAUACAACUAUGACAUGAAAGCAGCGUUGAUAACUUGUGGAAACUCUUGGCAGGAUUGUCUAUAUUGUAAUUUUUCCUGACAAAUGUAUCCCGGGAACAUUUGCUUCUGAGUGUAGGCCCAUAUUUCUGACUUGGUUUUGGCAAAUCAUUUUAACUUGAAAUAUCUCGAUUUCUGGUGUUGCAACUUGGAUAUCCACCGAUGUUGACAGGUCCAAAGCAGAGCAAACUACUGCAAAAUGUUGAGGUAAAUAUUUGACAUGGAUUCUUGAGCCAAGGCAAUGCUUGGAAAUUUUUUUAAUGAUAGGAAUGGUUCUCACAAGGAUGUUUCUGUCAAAGUGUAGGUAGUUAGAGAACACUUCAAAAGUUUUUGAUAAAACUCACCUGUUUAUAAGGAAUCAUGUACUAUUUUGUAUAUUUCAUAUAAACUGUUGCAUACUACUAUGAGUUUUGUUUUCUGAGGUAGCUGAUAUAUAUAGUAGAUAUUAUACAAUGCUAUUA